AUGGCUCGCAAUCGCCCCCUUCCACUUGCAGAUGAGUGGGAUGACCCUGACUCCUACAUUGAGGCGUUGCUCUCCUUUGCAACAUCCAACAAGCUCUUCAUAAAUCUAUGUGGUGGCGUGCAUAUCCUCGACUUCUUGACGCGCGAGCCCGAUUUAUACACAGCGCUACUGCCUGAGGAUUGGAUAGCAUUUUUCAAUCAACAUGACACACAAGACAUAAUCCGUUUGCUUCUGCGUGAGGAUAUCGCACCUCUACGAGAGCCCGGUGACGCGACUCGCACUUGGAACGGAGGCGCAUUCCCUCCCGCAACCCUUCUAGACUACAUCUACAACGUUCGUCGGUUGACCCUUCGGCGAGAAUUCUCAUCCACCGAUCUGGGAAAUAAGACAGGACUGACCAAACAUGUUGCAAUGGGCAUGAAAAAGAAAAAGCUCCACGAAGUGCAGCAUUUCUCACGCUAUGUGGCUGGUCUGUCGGAGACGGUUGAACAACGCCGUGGCGAGCCUGUAUCCCAUAUCGUGGAUUUUGGCUCCGGGCAAAAUUAUCUUGGACGGACUUUGGCUAGCUCACCCUACCACAAGCAUAUUAUUGCCAUUGAGCGGAAGCAUCAGUACAUCAGUGGAGCCAAGGACAUGGAUGUCUUUGCCAAAUUGGCUGAGAAGGAGAAGAAAGAUCAGACGUAUGUGAUUAACAAUAAAAAGAACAAGACCUGCAAUGCCUGUGAUGGGACUCCGGAGAUAGCAGACUCCGAGGUGGCCGACACUCGGGCAGAAGAAUCCGAUGGGAAAUUCGGGGAUAUACCUGCACGAGAAGUGGAGGAGAACAUCGAAGAUGUCACGAUCUUUAAAAUGUUGGGAGAGAUCACUCUAGAGCCCGAUGAGCUACUCGGUUUCACUGGACCAAAUGCGCCUCGGAAAAAGGCCGAGGAGCCAAUAAUCCAGGCUCGAGGCACGCUCAGCUAUAUUGAGCAUGAGAUUCAAGACGGAUACCUGGAGCCCAUCAUUGACCAUGUGGUGAACCCCACAACCGCCGAGACACAGAAUGAACCAGAAACAUCUAUCACUGAGCCGUCUAGCAAGGAAGGUCAAACUGAGCCUCGAGUCAUGGUUGUUUCUCUGCAUUCAUGCGGAAACCUGGUUCACCACGGCGUGCGCUCUCUCAUAUUGAACCCUUCAGUUGUUGCCGUCGCCAUGAUAGGCUGUUGCUACAACCUAAUGACAGAACGUCUCGGUCCUGCUACAUACAAACUCCCCAUCCUUCGGUCGGUCCACCCACGUCUGUAUGAAACUGGGACAUCCUACGACCCUCACGGCUUCCCCAUGUCCAAACUCUACGAGAACUACAAAAAUGCCGGCACCGAUGGUAUGAAGCUCAACAUCACUGCCCGCUCGAUGGCCGUCCAAGCUCCCUAUAACUGGGGCUAUGCCGACAGCGAAGGCUUUUUCACCCGCAAUUUCUACCGUGCCCUCCUCCAGCGGAUUCUCGUAGACUGCGGUGUCGUUCCGAAGCCGGGCGCAGUCAAGGAUCUAUACGAAGAGUCAAAUGGAUCCGCCGCCGUGAUCAUCGGCUCACUGGGCAAGUCCGCUUUCAAGUCCUUCCCCGCGUAUAUGCGUGCCGCGGUGGUCAAAUUAGCCCGUGACCCAAAUCAUGGCAUCAAAGUUACCGAAAGAGUUGGCACCAUGUCUGACGAGGAUUUCCAGCGUUAUGAUACGAAGUAUCAGCAAGCGAGAAAGAAUCUUAGUGUCGUGUGGAGUCUAAUGGCUUUCAGUGCGCAGGUCGUUGAGACGGUCAUUGUUGUGGAUAGGUGGCAGUAUCUGCGGGAACAUGACUCUGUGAAGGAGUGCUGGGUUGAGCCAGUAUUUGACUAUAGUGAGAGCCCGCGAAAUCUGGCUGUUAUUGGGUUGAAGAAGUGA